GGGUGCUGGUUGGACAACCCAUGUUUUUGAUGAAUCCAAGAUGGCGGAGAAACUGGAACAGUUGGAACAACACCUCGAACAGUUUAUAGAAAAUACUCGGCAAAUGGGCAUCAUAGUCAGCGAUUUUCAACCUCAGGGGCAGCCGGUACUCAACCAGAAGAUCCAUGCCAUGAUCACAGGCAUGCAGGAGAUUGACAGGUGUAAGGCACAACUGCAGGAUGUACAGGUUCCUUUGGAGGUAUUUGAGUAUAUUGACCAAGGACGUAACCCUCAGCUGUACACCAAGGACUGUAUGGAGAAGUCUCUCGCCAAAAAUGAGCAAGUCAAAGGCAAGAUAGAUGCUUUGAAGAAAUUUCGAUCACAGCUGAUGUUGGAACUGGACAAGGUCUUUCCAGAGGAAAUAGCCAAGUACAAGGCAGCCAGAGAAAUAGUGAAGGAAGAACACACGUGACCAUGACUCACUGCCCAGGCCAUCCUAAUUCCAUCAGUUGUUUCUCAUGUUUUCUGAAAUACUAGUAUGUUAAAGUUAGAGGGGGAAAAGUCAAAAUUCAUUUUCUGAAUCUGAAUCAUGUUUCCAUGUAUCGGUUUGAAAGACUGCAGUUUUGAGCUUUCAAGGCAGAAAGUAGCCCCCCCCCCCAAAA